AUGGCGGAGUUCAUUAGCGUCACAUUUCCCAACGCAUCGACUGAGCUUAAUCCAAUUCCAAAUGCUGGAAUCGACCGUGAUUAUCUUAUCAGAUAUGCUCGAAAUUUGGAUGAUUAUGGCUUCAACUAUACCUUAGUGCCCUACGACUCAUCUUCCUAUGAUCCCUUUACCAUCGGAGCGACGAUUCUCGCCGUUACCAAACAAAUCAAGGUAAUUAUCGCACUUCGUCCGAAUACGCUUCCUCCUACCGUUGCCGCCAAGGCACUGGCAACUCUCGAUCAACUAGGUGGGGGUCGCGUGGUUGUCCAUUUUAUUGCGGGGGGCAGCGACGUCGAACAGGCAAAGGAGGGAGACUUCCUGACCAAAGAUCAGCGCUAUGCCCGUCUCGAGGACUAUAUCCGGAUUUUGCGUCGCGCAUGGGAAUCCGCCGAACCGUUCGACUGGGACAGUCAAUUUUUCACAUUCAAACAAUUCAGCAAUCGAGUACGUCCAGUGAACAAGACAAUCCCCGUAUCUGUCGGUGGUUCUUCCGACGAGGCAUAUAGGAUCGGUGGCUCGCUUGGUGACAUUUUUGGGCUUUGGGGAGAGCCUCUUAAAGAAACAAAGGAGCAGAUUGACCGUAUUUAUGCCGAGGCAGAAAAGGCAGGUCGCGUUGAUCGGCCUCGUAUUUGGGUUACGUUCCGGCCUAUUGUUGCUGAGACCGAUGAGCUGGCUUGGGAAAAGGCGCACCGCACACUGGAUGCCCUUACUACCAACCGAGCCAACGGGCAAGGAAAGGUMCCUGCCGUUGCACCGGCUCCGCAAAACGUUGGCUCUCAACGUUUGCUUGAAAUUGCUGCUCGUGGGGAGGUACAAGAUCGAGCUUUGUGGUACCCUACUGUGACUGCAACGAAUGCGCGUGGAGCAUCAACGGCUUUGGUUGGGUCGCCUCAGACUGUUGCAGAUUCAAUUCUGGAUUAUAUCAAGCUUGGUGCUGACCUUAUAUCAAUUCGUGGUUACGACAACCUCAAUGAUGCUAUCGACUAUGGUCGUCAUGUGUUGCCCAGAGUCCGAGAUGGCCUUAAGAGUCUAGAAUCAUGA